CCAGUCGCAUUUAUUUUGCCCGAGCAAGUGACAACCGCCGCGGGCAAUGCCAUUGACUCACUGAAGGAGGAAUAAAAACAUAUACAACGCAAAUAUGACGGUGGACUUUGAAGAAUGUAUAAAGGACUCCCCUCGAUUCAGGGCUGGCAUCGACGAGGUGGAGACGGAUGUAGUUGAGAUCGAGGCGAAGCUCGACAAGCUGGUGAAGCUAUGCAGUGGGAUGAUCGAGGCGGGCCGGGCCUACGUCAGCGCCAACAAGCUGUUCGUCAACGGGAUCAAGGACCUGUCGCUGCAGUGCAAGAAGGAGGAGAUGAUCUCGGAAUGCCUCGAGAAGUGUGGGGAAAGCUUGCAAGAGAUCGUCAACUACCAUACGAUUUUGUUCGACCAGGCUCAGAGAUCUAUCAAGCAGCAGCUUCACAGCUUCGUUAAGGAGGAUGUGCGCCGGUUCAAGGAGACCAAGAAGCAGUUUGACCGUGUGCGUGAGGACAUGGAGCUGGCCCAGGUGAAGAACGCCCAGGCCCCGAGGAACAAGGUGCACGAGGCGGAGGAGGCCACGCAGUCCCUCGUUCUGAGCCGCAAGGCCUUCCGCCACCUGGCGCUGGACUACGUGCUGCAGAUCAACGUGCUUCAGGCCAAGAAGAAGUUUGAGAUCCUGGAUGCGAUGCUGUCCUUCAUGCACGCCCAGUACACCUUGUUCCAGCAGGGGUACAACGUUCUGGAUGAGAUUGACCCCUACAUGAAAAAACUGGCUGUGCAACUGGACCAAUUGGUGAUCGACUCGGCGAUGGAGAAGAGAGAUCUGGAACACAAACACGCACUUAUCCAGCAGAGGACGUUAAUGCAGGACUUCUCCUACGAUGACACUAAGGUGGAGUUCAACGUUGACGCUCCUAAUGGCGUGGUCAUGGAAGGGUACCUGUUCAAGAGGGCCAGCAAUGCCUUCAAGACCUGGAACAGGCGAUGGUUUUCCAUUCAAAACAGCCAACUGGUUUACCAAAAGAAACUCAAGGACUCUCUGACCGUUGUGGUGGAGGACCUGAGGUUAUGUUCUGUCAAGCCAAGCGAGGACAACGAGCGGAGGUUCUGCUUUGAGGUGGUCUCACCUACAAAGAGCUGUAUGCUGCAGGCCGAGUCUGAGAAGCUGCGUCAGGCAUGGAUUCAGGCGGUGCAGGCUAGCAUAGCCUCUGCAUACAGAGAGAUCACCGACAACUACUACAUAGAGCGCCUGGACCGCACCGCCUCGCCCUCCACCAGCAGCAUCGACUCGGCCAGCGAGCCACGGGAGGGCCGGGGGGGGGAGCGGGCGGGGGACAGGGGGGUGCGGGGGGGAGGGGAGAGCCUCCUCCAGAGGGUCCAGAGCCUGCCCGGCAACGACCUGUGCUCGGACUGCAGCCAGACGGCCCCCUGCUGGGCCUCCAUCAACCUGGGGGUGCUGCUGUGCAUCGAGUGCUCCGGGAUCCACCGGAGCCUGGGCGUCCACUGCUCCAAGGUGCGCUCCCUCACGCUGGACUCCUGGGAGCCAGAGCUACUCAAGUUGAUGUGUGAGCUGGGCAACACUGUGAUCAACCACAUCUACGAGGGCACCUGCGAGGCUCUGGGCGCCAGGAAGCCAGGACCCACCAGUUCAAGGCAGGAGAAGGAGGCCUGGAUCAAGGCCAAGUACGUGGAGCGGCGCUACCUGAAGAAGAUGAGCGGCAGCGAGGCAUUGGUGGAGGGGGAGAGGAAGUCCCGCCCCUGGACGGUGAAGAAGUGCCCGCAGCACCGCAGCUCCCUGCGCGCGCCCCACAAGGCCCGCAGGAAGUACCACCGCUACGACCCCAGCGGCCCGGCCCCCGCCAACCUCUCUGCAGCAGCAGCGGCGGCCGCGGCGGCCAAGUUCCGUCGGGACUCUCUGUUCUGUCCCGAUGAGCUGGACUCCCUGUUCUCCUACUUCGACACCGGCUCUGGGCCUCGCAGCCCGGCAGGCCUGAGCAGCGACAGCGGCCUGGGAGGAAGCACUGACGGCAGCACUGACAUCGUCUUCGGCGCCGUGGUGGACAGCGUCACGGAGGAGGAGGAGGAGUCGGAGGAGUCGUCCAGCGGGGACGUGGAGAUCGAGCAGGAGGUGGCCUCCGACCCAGAGGACCCCCGGGAGCUGCACCCCGGGGCCCUGCUCCACCGAGCCUCCCGCCUCCACAACCUGCCGCUCAUGGCCGAGGCGCUGGCGCACGGCGCUGACCUGCACGCCCCCGGCGAGCAGGAGCACGGCAGGACGCCGCUCAUCGAGGCCGUGGUGGGGGGCUCUUUGAUAGCGUGUGAGUUCCUGCUCCAGAACGGGGCUGACGUGAACCAGAGGGACAUGCGGGGGCGGGGUCCGCUACACCACGCCACCAACCUGGGCCACACCGGGCAGGUGUGCUUGUUCCUGAAGAGAGGGGCAUCGCAGUCAGAGGUGGACGAGCAAGGUCACGACCCUUUGAAUAUCGCUGUCCAGGCUGCCAACGCAGAUAUCGUCACCUUGUUGCGUCUGGCGCGGAUGAACGAGGAGAUGCGCGAGGCCGAGCCGCCGCUGGGCCAGCCAGGUCAAUACCCCGGCAGCAGCCCCACUGAGCAGCAGUAUAGGAAGUGCAUUCAGGAGUUCAUCUGCCUCACCAUAGAGGAGAGCUAGGGGGCGCCGUGAGCAUCCCAGGGAGUAGCUUCCCCGUCCCUCCCUUGUAUUUAUUCCCAGACACGCCAUGGUGCAAAGCAGUGUAGAUGAAGUUGCCCCUCAGCAUGGGUACACGGGCUCGUUCCUCCUCAUCUGCAAAGUCAGUGGAGAGGUACUGGUUCAAGUUCUGGAUCUGUGGCUCAAAGGCAACUUCGUGAAGAACUUGAAGGGUUUUAUUGUGAAAAACCUCUAACUCCCAUGUGGGAUGAUCUUCCUUCCUGGCAUAAACUGUUUCUGUUUCUGGUCACCACCUGCUUUUUUCCCCCCCUCUUAACACCACUUGCUUUUCUGCUUCGCUAUUACCAACUCUGUGUUAAUUACUACUGCGCUAGACAUGCACAGAACAGUUCAAUGACGGCUGCUCUGGGGUUAAGACCUCUUCUCUGCAUGCUGGCGUUGUGCUAAACCUGCAUUGCCUUCUAACCUGUUGUUUCUAACUGAGGUCUAACCCCUUCCGGGACACUAGCUUCUUCCCAUUGCACUUAACAUCAGCGUCAUUCAGGAGGAGCUCAGUUACUCACAGUAAGUAUAGAUCCCACUCUGGCAGGUAGGCUGGCGCCAGAAGAGAUGCAAACCCAGGAGCCUUUGGGCUGGAAGGGAAUCAGCCUAGACACCCUAGGCUCCUACUUUUGGUUCACCAAGAAUUACAAUGGUCAUCUCUGAAUAAUUGUAUGUUCUACUCUGUGUGUGUGUGUAUAUAUAUAUAAUUAUAUAGACACAUCCAUAACACACAAGCCAUCGGAGGGGUUUCUUAUAUAUAGAUAGAUUUAGGACUUCUAAGGUCAGUCUUGAAACUGUACUGUGGCAUGAGGUGACGCUGAGGCGUUUCAUGGAGAAAGAAGGGAGAAUUGAGUGGUGCAGGUGGUUUAGGGCUGGUGUUUACUGUGUGUGCUGAGCGGAGAUCCAGUGUUGAUCUCGUGUUACAAACUGUGAAGCUGAGGAUGAAAAUGGAUUGUCAUGGGUGAGGGGGGACACAUGACUGCUUUAACAUAUACCGACCGUGUGAUGGAUUUGAGCGAGAGAGAAAGAGUGAGAAUGAGAGAGAGUUAAUGAGUGCAUGUGUCUAAGAAUACUGAGAGACAGAGUUAAACGCUAUGAUGUUGUCAUGUAUACCUUUUAUGUACAAAACAAAUGUGCACUUUUCUAUCCAACGGCAGUAUUAUCAUUUUUGUUUUUGUUUGUUUGUGCUUGUUUCGUUUUCUGUCAGUUCUGUUCUGCGGAAACCAUCGUCCCUCUUGUCUGAUUUUCUCUUUAUGUUGUUGGUCUGUCUGGAGGACGUGCAAUGCAGUAAAUAAGUUCUUAUUUUUUUAUAUUUUGCAGUACUUUAAAAAAGGACACCAUGUUAGCUGAUAAGCUGUAUAAAAUGCCACUCACCAUCUUUAUAUCCUUUAGUACAUACACAGAAAAGUUUAGUUAUUCCAUUUUUAGGGACAAUCAGUGAACAAACAUGUGUUUGUUUCCUGACUAUUCCAAAGUUAAUUAUCACUCAACGUCAGUAAUGAAUCAGUAAUACUAUUUUUUACUGAUGGUCGCAAACAUAACUUACAAUAGGAAUCAGUACAGCAGCAGUCCUUGAGACAGUAUUAACCAUACAUGUUCUGAUGUGUUUAUGCUGCCAUCAGUGUCUGGUCUUACUCAACGCCUGUAUUGUAGAAUUUUCUCAGCCAUAGAUAAUGGUAUCAUUGGUUCAUGUCAUUGAUUCCACAACUCCUUUGUUUGCAACAGAAACCAUCCUGGGGCCGUGCUUGGGUAAUACACAGAGUGAACAACAAGCACCAACCCUCAUCUUAAGGUCUAAGAGCACAGCCCUACUGCAUGUGCUCAAUGUGACUGCCAGACUUCCCCCAGAGUCAUAUGUGGACCAGACUGCCCUCAUGGCACUCAUGUAACCAACUAGGACCAACUAGGGACCCUACAUUCUCUUGAAUUUACAGUGUACUUUACUCAUCGGUAACAUACAUUUUCUGAGGUUGGCUCACUUCGCUGACCAAAAUACGCAUGCUUUAUCAAAGUUAUCUUUGUGAAUGCCAACAUUAUCUGCGUUCCAAGCAUGAUGAAGUGCUGUUUUUCUUAUGGUUUGCUAAGUGAUGCUGUUCAUUAACACAUGAACCACACUGGUUCUGAUGAUGUCUUUAUUCCACUAUUAUGGGACUCUCCAUGUGAGCCAAGAUCUUAUCUUUGAUAUGCUCACACCAGAUGUUCUGUUUCUUACUACCGAUGUCAGCCAGUUGUGUUGGCAUUGAUUUUUCUCUAUUUGAGUUUCCUCCUGCCAAAGACUCUAAAGGGAACGCGUCCAUCUUAGAUGUUACAUGACACCUUUUUUUAUAUACAAAGAAAUGUCUGAGUAAAUACAAUGUUUUACCAUGCUUUGUGAUGUGAAAAGAGAGGUAAUAAUGCACUCUGGAUGUACUCAUCAUAUGAAAAAAAAAAAAAAAUAAUAAUAAAGUUAGAAGAAAUAGAGAUAUGGUACAGGCUCAUAACAUGUUGGAUAUAUCAGCAGGUAAUAUGCCAAUGCUCAGUGUACUGCGAGUAGAUUCAAUCUUAAGAGUGUGAUGAGAUGUUACCAAACUGUUCAGGGCACUCGCCCUUAACUCAAUGUUGGAUGUUGUUUCUCAUGGUGUGUGUUUUAACAUAGGAAUAGUAAAUGGUGCUUGAAAAUAACAAAAAAACUAACGCUGUACAUAGCAAUGCUUCUGGGUGUUUGACCUCAAAUGUAGCUCCCUGCCUCUCAGCAUUCAACUGUUUAUUCUGACUGAUCUGUUUUAAAUAGGUCUAUAUAUUUCCUUCCAAAGUAACAACAUGUCACACUACUGGAAUGUCGUGUAGCGCUCUGCAAGUUGGAGUUUAUUUCUGUAUACUUUUGUUCCUUGUCAAUAGAAAACGCUCAAAAGGGGGAAAUCUUAAAAGCAGAAAAUAAAAGGAAAAGAAACUCUUGCAAACUAA